GAGAAAUUCGAGGGACUGUUCCGCACGUAUGAUGACUGUGUGACGUUCCAGCUGUUUAAGAGUUUCAGACGCGUGAGAAUAAACUUUAGCAAUCCCAAGUCUGCAGCUCGGGCCAGGAUAGAGCUCCAUGAAACACAAUUCAGAGGGAAGAAGUUAAAACUCUACUUUGCACAGGUUCAGACCCCUGAGACAGAUGGAGACAAGCUUCACUUGGCACCCCCCCAGCCUGCAAAACAGUUUCUCAUCUCACCUCCAGCAUCACCCCCUGUGGGCUGGCAGCCUAUCACUGAUGCAACACCAGUCAUCAACUACGACCUUCUCUAUGCUGUUGCAAAGCUUGGACCAG